CGCUGUACUGUUCGAAGAAAAACACGUGUGAAUCUUUACUCUCACAGCUAUCCAGGAUAAAGUGUUUUUGCAUGUUACUCGCAUUUUGAUGAACUGAGAAGCCUCACAUUUAAACGCAGGAUACUAAGCAGUGUGGCGUUAGCUACUAGUUUUUAAAGAUAUUAAUUAAUUUAGGCGUUAUAUGAUCUUCCGUAUAUUACCAUGGCCGAGGAUGUGAUAAUGCUCAACAUUUCUUCAAAUCCCUUUAACUUGCACAGAAAGAAAAAUAAUCAAAGAUCACCAUCAACAGCAGAGAAAUUGGUUUGGAAAAAUAAGGAAUCUUUGAAGAGGAAGGCAGUCUUUAAGCCACAGGAGAAUAGUGCCUCCAAACAGAGGAAGAUUAAUCAGACUAGUCAACAACAUACACAGAAGCAAAAGCUUCAAACCCACAGAAGCCCCUCUCGGAGGAAUAAUAAUAAUAAUAGAGACACAGAGGAAAGAAAGGACCAGAGAGAAGACUUUGCUGCAAAGUCCCCAUCAGAGAUGAAAAUAUCUCCAAAGAAAGGUUCUGAAGAGCAUAGAGACCAUGGCAGACCAUUUAUCAAGACCUCCUCUCUCUUCAGAAACAACCCAGAGAUCCCUGAUGUCCUUCGUCCUAUAGUGACUCAGGUAAAGGAGAAUGUCUUCACCAGUAACACGUUUGAGGAACUCAAUCUACAUCCUCAUUUGGUGGCAACUCUCCAUAAGGUCUUGAAUGUGACCAGUAUGACAAGUGUACAAAAACAAACUAUACCAGUGUUGAUGUCCGGCAAAGAUGCUGUAGUGCGCUCCCAGACUGGAUCAGGAAAAACAUUGGCUUAUGGAAUUCCAGUGGUGCAGUCCUUACAAGCAAUACAGCUUAAAGUGAAGAGAUCAGAUGGGCCUUUGGCUGUAGUGAUUGUUCCAACCAGAGAGCUUGCCCUGCAGAGCUUUCAGAUGUUCCAGAAACUUCUAAAACCGUUCACGUGGAUCGUGCCAGGAGUUCUGAUGGGAGGAGAGAAAAGGAAAGCAGAAAAAGCCAGAUUGAGGAAGGGCAUUAAUGUUCUAAUCUCGACCCCAGGCAGACUGGUUGAUCACAUCAAGAACACUCUCAGUAUUGCUUUCAGUGCUGUGCGCUGGCUCAUUCUGGAUGAAGCAGACAGGAUACUGGACCUGGGCUUUGAGAAAGAUCUGACUAUAAUUCUUAAUUCCUUGAAUGCCACUGGACUUGCCAGACAGAAUGUUCUGCUUUCAGCCACACUCACUGAGGGGCUGUCUCGCUUGGCCAGUAUCAGUAUGAACGACCCAGUGACCAUCCAUGUGUCAGAGGGGAGGGAGGAGACAGCUGAAGUGUGUCCCCAGGCGGUCCCUCAAGCUCUGUCAGACAGCUAUGCAGUGCCUGAGAGGCUACAGCAGCACAUGGUGGUUGUGCCCAGCAAGCUCCGCCUAGUCUGUUUGGCCACCUUCAUACUGGCCAAAUGCAAGAUUGAACAUGGACAGAAGCUGAUUGUGUUCAUGUCCAGCUGUGAGGCUGUAGAAUUUCUGCUCACUCUCUUCACUGCAGUCCUAUGUGAGAAGCCCAACACCACCUCAAACAAAUGUCUCAACUUCUACAGACUCCAUGGCAACAUGAAACAAGAGGAGCGCACUGAGGUUUUCCAGGAGUUCUCGCAAUGCAAGACUGGCAUUCUGCUGUGCACAGAUGUGGCUGCACGUGGAUUGGAUCUGACUCGUGUUACGUGGAUUGUACAGUAUAACCCUCCCAUCACUGCUGCGGAAUACGUUCAUCGUGUGGGGCGCACAGCACGGAUUGGAGCUCAGGGCAGCAGUCUGCUUUUCCUCACCCCCUCAGAGACCGCCUUUGUGGAUGUGCUGGCCAAUCAUAACAUCAGUUUGUCUGAGAUGAAGAUGUUGGACCUUUUAUCCACUCUGAUGCAGGACGAGCGCUUCAAAGGCAGAGGCAAAUGGAACAGUAAGAGAUCAGCCACUGAAUUUGAACAAGAGGUGCGGGAGAGAGCCACCGUUCUACAGACUGAAUUUGAGAAUUAUGUUCAUGCCAAUAAUGAGUCGCUGCAAAUAGCUAAGAGUGCACUGCAGUCUUUCCUGAAAGCAUACACCACCUACCCCUCCAGUCUGAAACACAUCUUCCACAUCCACAGCCUGCACCUGGGCCAUGCUGCUAAGAGCUUUGGCCUGAGGGAUGGACCCCAGGGUCUGACCAGCUCCAUCACAACUAAUCCUGCCAACAGCAAAGACAAGAAGAAGGGCAAAGACAAAGCAAAGAGGCCUCCCAGGAAGCUCACAACGAAAGAGCGAGUGUCUAAUCUUAUGUGCUCCGAGUACGUCAGCGGGAUAGAGGGAGAAUCUAAGUCUAAGAAGAAGAGGAAAAAGAAGAAAGCUCAAACAGAGAAAGAGGAAUCUACUCCUGCAUCAAGAUAAAGCUGUAGGAGCUAUGCAAGAUGCUGUUUUCAGCACAGAAAUGCUGAGGUCAGAGCCCUCACGUCCAGGUGGAUUCUCAGGGUUGAACUCAGAGGUGUCCUUACACAGAGUGUAAUGUUUUUACCUCUAACAAUGCAUGACCGGUCAGUAGCAUUGUCUGAAAAUGUACUCCACGCAAAAACGUCAAUGCAGAUGGUAAAAUAAGAAAAUGAUUAUUGGAUUGAAAUGUGUUUGGAAUAUUUUAUUGGUCUGAGUUCCCCAGAAUCACUUUUGACCUGCAAAUUAAUUAUUAUAAAUGUGGUUUCAUAAAUAUGGCUUGUGGUAUCUAUUUAAACAAUUAUGAUUUACAUGAAAAAGGUUGCUUUCUUGUUGUCUUCACAUCUAAAUGUUGCCAAAAUGCA